UAUCAGAUAAUAUUUAAACGUCAAUCAAAUCAAGCGAACAUAUCAGGGGAGCAAUAAAUAUUCCUUAAAUUCAAAGCAUUAACCAAGCAUCUAAUUUGUUGUGUUCCAUUUAUUCAAUUAAUUAACUUCUUUCCACUUUAUGGAAAAACAACCCAAAAUUAUAACAUACUCAUAAUAAAGUUUAAACGUGAUAAGUGUGGCAAAAUGAAAAGCUUAGAAAAUAUCAAAAAAGAAUAUCCUCUUCAUUGGUUGGUGUGGAAUAAUAAUUCAGAAGAACUUAAUAUUGCCCUCAAAUUUGAUAAAAACGACAAAGAAAAACUCGAUCCUAGAGGUCGAACGCCAUUAAUGUUAGCCGUUAAGUUAUCAUCAUUGUCUUGCGUAAAAUGUCUAUUAUCUGCCAAAUGUAAUGCUAACUUUGAAAGCAAAGGUUGGUCAGUUGUGCAGGAAGCUGUUUGUUGUGGUGACGAGGAAAUUCUUACUGCAAUCCUUGAAGUACGUGAUCUGCAACGACACAUGCAGAGAGUCACACAUGUGCCUAAGCUGUUACAGCAUCUGCUUGAUGCUCCAGAUUUUUAUAUCGAAAUGAAAUGGGAAUUUACGUCAUGGGUUCCUUUAAUGUCAAAGCUCUGUCCAAGUGAUACAUAUAAAGUUUAUAAAAGAGGUGCUAAUGUCCGCAUCGAUACAACACUUUUGGGAUUCGAUAAUUCAACAUGGCAACGAGGGAAUCGUUCAUAUAUUUUCAAAGGCUUAAAAACAGCAACAAUGAUAGAAAUUGACCACGAUACACACGAAGUUCUCGUAGAGCAGUUAAAUAGUGAUGUCGGUGAUAUUGCUGGUAUACCACCACCAAUAGGAGCAGUUCGCGCGCGCCUUAAUGCUCCUGUAAUGACCAAUAACAUUGAUAUGGACAAGAUAAGUUUUGAAAGAAACAAAUCUGGUAUUUGGGGUUGGCGUAGUGAAAAAACAGAAAGUGUUAACGGCUACAACUGCAAAGUUUAUGGAGCAAGUAAUGUAGAAUUUAUUACAAAAACCCGAAUGGACCAUCUUAAUGAAGAACAAAUCAGAAGUAAAACAUCACGAACACCGCUGCAUAGUUUCCUUGGCUUAGCAGAAGAUGAGUAUAUUUCUAGUCAAGAUUUGGUAAGCUGUCGCGAUGGGGUGCCAUCACUUAUAGAAUCUCAUCCAGAAAAUGGCGGAGAGGAGGAGACACCAAGUACAAGUUCAGGUAGCACUACACCAAGACAAAUUAUAACACCUGAAGAGUACUUUUCCGAAAUUGAUUUAAAUGGAAGAGAUAUUGGUAGACCAAAGAAAAUAAGUACCAAAAUUCAAAGAUUUAAGGCAAAUCUCUGGCUCAGUGAAGAAUAUCCGAUUCGGUUGCAAGAACAAGUUUUACCUAUUUUAGAUUUAAUGUCUACAAUGGCUAGUCCACAUGUGUCAAAAUUAAAAGACUUUAUUACUAUGCAACUGCCGUCUGGGUUUCCAGUGAAAAUUGAAAUUCCACUAUUUCACGUACUAAAUGCAUGCAUAACAUUUGGUAAUGUGUUUGCUUUGACAUCUCCAAUCGAGCACGUCCAAACGAUAAAUGAAGAUGAUCGAUUAACGUGUAUUGUCGAUGAUCGAUGCUUUGAUAUACCUGUUCAUUAUACUAAUAGAGAUACAAAUGUUCGACGUCAAAUAACCAUAGAUGAAGACGAUCUCUUACAAUAUGCUAUUGAGCAAAGCUUAGUAGAAAGCACAGAGAAAGAGACUGAUAAAGUGGAUAUAUGGGAAGCACUUCGUGGUCAGAGUGGAUCAUCAAAUUCUUCGCUAAUACAAGAUGAAGAAGCUCAGUUGCAAAGAGUUCUUCAAGAAUCUAUCUGCCAAGGUCGUGGUAUUGGUUCUCCAGCAUUCGAAGAUGACGAUGGUGGAUUCAACUACACGGACUCCGAUUUAGAAAUGGCUCUCCGCCUCAGUCAACAAGAUCAGGAUCGAUAUGAACUUGAAUUACAGAGAGAACAGGAAAUGGUCGAAGAGGCUUUAAAACUGAGCCUUGCAGAGAAAUAGUUACGUUUUCAAUGGAAUAUAAUUUGUGAACAAAAUAUUAAAAAAAAAAAAAAUUACUAGACUUCAACUAGGUUAACAAUAUAUUCUAUAAAAUUAUACCUUUCUUUAAACAAAAAAAUUAAAAAAUCAUAAACACAUUUAUAUGAAUUUGUAUUUAUAUACAAACAUACAUUUUUGUGAUAUUUUCCAACUUUCAGAUAAAAUAAAAAAAUCGUAUUAACCUACAACAAAAAUUAAAUGAUUUCAAAAUGUGUUAAUUCUUAUGUACAUUUUUUUAAGAACAAAUUAUAUAAUCCUUAUUUAAAACUUUAAAAA